CUGUUUUCUUCUCUUGGUUUUGACUCUACAGAUAACUACUGGAGCUACAGACUCGGCAAACCAAACGUGCAACUAUUUGGUGCAGACGACACAAUAAUUAUUACUAGUUGCUGCAUGAGGGACAGUUGCGUUGCAGGUAUGAUGUUGUUCGUAGGAAAUCAUACAGCUCUCUUGAAAUGCUGCAUUUUUUCCCCUUGUACAGGUGACUUGCAUUUCUUUUGAAAACUAGGAAUCUCAAAAUGGAAGGGAAGAACCACGGCCUUUGGGGGGCCAUGGAGAAUUAGAAAUGACAAUCACCAAAGCGAGUUAUAAAGCGGGACAUUAGAUCAUCGAGCAGAGCAGUAAGCACAGGUAGAAGCCGUUGUUCAUCGUCAGUCGAUCCAUACAUUUUCCGUGCAGUGCCAUCCAUGUCGAUACGCAUCGCCGUCGUCCUUGCCGUGGCUGCUGCCGUCAUGGCGGCGGCGCGGCCAUCUGAAGCAGCGUCAGGCACAUCGGACGCCGACGCGCUCCGAUUCCCUGGGCGGCCGGGCGGCAGGGCACGCAGCCCCAUCUUCCCUGGCUUCCCCGGAGCGAGACCGUCGCCGCCAGCACCCGGCUUCCCGGGCGCACCGAGCGCAAGGCCUGCACCGCCGGCACCAGUGCCGUCGACGCCGGUGUUUCAGCCGCCUUGCCCCAAGGCACCGCCGUCUGGGUCUGGCUUCCCCGGGCUGCCGGGCAGCGUUGGCGGUGGCUCAACUCCAUCGUCGCCGAUGGAUUGCGUGACGCCGCUGGCGGGGCUGAUGACCUGCGGGACGUUUCUGACGGGGAGCGAGUCGGAGACCCCCACGCCGCAGAGCGAGUGUUGCAGCGGGCUCGGGGCCUUCCUGAACACCUCGUCGGCGGCGGGGGACGGCGACCGGACCCUGCGGUGCCUGUGCCCGGUGAUCCUGGGCGACGUCAACAAGAUGCUGCCCAAGCCUGUGGAUCCCGUCCGGAUGAUGUAUCUGCCCAUCGCCUGCGGCGUCGUGCUUCCACCCCAGGUCCUCUACAUCUGCUUCACUGGUGGGCAGCAAACCCCGCCGCUCGUCGGCCGAAUUCCUGACGUCUGGGAGAAGCCAUCUGCAGCUCUGUCACCGUGACCAUUCAACGACCAUGACGAUCGGAGAAGAUACAGUCAUACAUACAUAUAUGAUAUAUAGUAACGAUAUAUAUACUUCAAAGUUGAGGCGUGCAGUGUCUGAUCCAUGUGUCAGCAUGCACUUCAGAAAUGAACCAUUAGGGUUUGAUUCAUGUGUCCGAUCGAUCUGAUGUAAGAGCGAGCGUGUUCUUAAAUUUGAAGGAGAAAUAUAUGUAAGCCAAGUCAUAGAGUUCGAAGCAUACCAUGUACUCCUAUAUAGUACUUAAUUUAUGAGAUAUUUUCACAACUA